AAUAACCAACUGGAAUUCUCGCGACUAUAUAAUGGUCCCCUUUCAGGACGUAAGCACUCACGCACUCCUUGAGAGCAUUACACAAACUAUGGGGUUGACUCAGACCACGCUGGUGUUGGUGUCUCUGGCCUUCUUCGCAAGCGCUGUGGCCCACAAUUGCCAAAACGGAACAAGACCCGCCUCGGAGGAAAAAAGAGAAGGCUGCGACUUUUACUGCUGGAACGCUGAGACCAAUUCAUGGGACAAAUUUUUCUUCGGGAACGGAGAACGAUGCUUUUACAACGAUGGUGGUGAGGGACUAUGUCAAAAUGGAGACUGCCAUUUGACAACCGAUUCAAGUGUGCCCAAUGACAAUGAUGACUAA